AUGAACGGCAUGAUGCAGCCACAGAUUAUAUUACUGAAGGAAGGCACGGACACGAGCCAGGGUAAGGCUCAGCUCAUCAGCAACAUAAACGCCUGCCAAGCCGUGAUGGAUGCCGUGCGCACGACGCUUGGGCCGCGUGGUAUGGACAAACUCAUCCAUACAGGUGGCAAGACCACAAUCUCGAAUGACGGCGCCACUAUCAUGAACCUGCUGGACGUGGUGCAUCCGGCUGCCAAGACGCUGGUGGACAUAUCGCUCUCACAGGACGCAGAAGUGGGAGAUGGGACGACGUCCGUCGUUUUGAUGGGUGCUGAAUUCAUGCGGCAGGCCAAGCCUUUCAUUGAGGAGAACAUGCACCCGCAGAUGAUCAUUAAGAGCUUUCGCAAGGCGGGACAACUCGCUGUGCAAAAGAUUAAGGACAUCGAGGUACGCGUGGCCGAUUCGGAUGAAGUGGGUCGUCGUCAGAUGCUAGAGCGCGUCAGUGGCACGGCUCUUAACUCGAAGCUCAUUUCGCGACACAAGCAGUUUUUUUCUCCGAUGAUCGUUGACGCAGUGUUGAGCUUGGACGAGGGAUUAGACAUUAGCAUGGUCGGCAUUAAGAAAGUGCCGGGUGGUUCGGUGACUGAUUCCUUCUUGGUGAAGGGCGUCGCGUUCAAAAAGACGUUUUCGUACGCCGGGUUCGAGCAGCAGCCCAAGACUUUUGUAAGCCCGAAAAUUUUACUUCUGAACGUUGAGCUGGAGCUUAAGUCGGAGAAGGAGAAUGCUGAAGUGCGUCUGGAUGACCCUUCCAAGUACCAGUCCAUUGUAGACGCUGAGUGGAACAUAAUCUAUGAGAAGCUGGAUCUGUGUGUGAAGAGUGGCGCUAAGAUCAUUUUGUCCAAGCUGCCAGUGGGUGACCUGGCAACGCAGUACUUCGCUGACCGCGGUCUGUUUUGCGCUGGACGUGUCGCGCAAGACGAUAUGGCGCGUACGCAGCGUGCGACCGGUGGUGUUGUUCAGACGUCGGUACACGACAUGAAUCCGUCAGUACUUGGCUCAUGCGGUCGCUUCGAAGAGCGCCAGGUCGGCAACGAGCGGUACAACAUCUUCAUGGAGUGUGCUGAGGCAAAGAGCUCGACUAUCGUGCUGCGUGGUGGUGCUGAGCAGUUUAUUGAAGAGGCUCAGCGGUCGGUGCACGAUGCUCUAAUGGUUGUGAAGCGCGCUGUGGCAUCGUCUACAGUGGUCGCUGGGGGUGGUGCUGUUGAGAUGGAAGUCUCUUGCCAUCUGCGCCAGUACGCCCGUACUAUCGAAGGCAAGGCACAGCUACUUGUGAAUGCGUAUGCCAAGGCAUUCGAGGUCAUUCCGCGCCAGAUUGCCGAGAACGCUGGUCACGACGCGACUGACAUUUUGAACCGCUUGCGCCAGAAGCACUUCAAGGACCCCGAGGAUGGCAAAUGGUUUGGCGUCGAUAUCACGACGGGUGGUAUUUGUGACACGUAUGAGUCGCAUGUUUGGGAGCCUGCAGCCAACAAGAUUAACUCAAUCGCGGCAGCAACAGAGGCUGCGUGUCUCAUUUUGUCGGUGGACGAGACUGUCCGCAACCCCAAGUCGGAGCAGCCGCAGGGUGGAGCUGGAGGUGCGCCCAUGAGCGCUGCUAUGGGCGGCCAAGGCAUGCGGGGCAUGAUGGGCGGAGGUCGGGGAGGCCCAAGCGGCAUGGGUCGCGGUGUGCGCGCUUUCCGAGGCAAAGGUGGCGCAUAA